UUUAAGACACAGAUGAGAAGGAUUUUUUUUUAUGGCUGAGGGAGAGAAUCUUUGGAACUGUCUUCCCCUAAUACCUGUGCAAUGAAUAUUUUUCAGGCAGGGAUAGAUAGAUUGUCGACUAUCGGAGGAGGAAAAAGUUUGGGUGGGGUGUGUGCGAGGCAGAAUGCGGAGUUGAGGUUACAACCAGAUCAGCCAUGAUCUUAUUGAAUGUUGGAGCACUGUUGUUUGAAGGUCAACAUCAGAAUUAUUAAUUCUGACAUUCAGGCAAACCACGUCUCGAACACUAAAGGCAAACAGUACUGCAAGCAAAUCGGAGGGGGGGCUGUUGUAUUUCCAAAAACACUCUUUCAGAAUUAAUCUCAACCCCAUAUGUAGUCAGAUUUUCAGAUUUACCUGCAGCAGUGGUAUGCACCGCUUUUAGCGAACUCUGGGCUUCCUUCCCAUUCUUAAGCAACAAUGUGACACUCCUUCCUUCAGUUUAGUAUUGAGCUCCUAGCUUCUGUCUUACUCAUCACCACUUCACCCAUUCUGAUUCCUGUCGUGUCUGACUAUACAUUUUCCAAUAAUCAGUAACUGAAAACAUGAAUCAAAAACAUUGAUAAAACAAGUAUUUGAGGAAGAAAGCAAAUGGUGUAGACUAAGGCUUCUAAUAUUUCAUGGAUAAAACAAAUGAAACAAUUGUGGAUCACACAGUACUGAAGAAGUCAUAUGGAACUGGAAACACUGGGUGGAAUUUUAUGCCGGAUUUUACAUUCCGCUAAAGUCAAUGGACUUCUGAGCGGCUUGCCGCAUUUUACAGCCCCAAUCCCGCCACAACGGGGCUGUGAAAUUCCACCCCUUAACUCUGUUUCUCUCUCCAUAGAUGCUGCCAGACCUGCUGUCCCCUGUUAUCAACUUGAUGAAUUGUACUCAGGACUGUACCGAUGAAGCCUUCUACAAAGUUUAUCAAACAUCCACCAAUGCUCGGCAUCGUGAAAAACUACUGUCACAACAAACACAAACCGGGCAGCUUCCUGUGUUCAGCGAACCUGAAUUUUUCAGGCUAAUUCUCGUUAAUGACUUCAGAGCUGACCAUAAAGUCAACUCCUGCACAUCCGCGUUCUCUGCCCAAAGACAGUGCCACAACCUCCACCACAGGUACGGCAAGGAAGCAGGUCCGAAAUCCAUCUCAGCCAGCAUGGAGAUUGGCACCAAUCUGACCCACAUCCAGCCAACUGAACCAACCAGCCGCCCACUGCCCCCUGCCAAGGAGACCUGUGGCAACAUGCACUUUUACAUACAUUUUGCAGUCCAGAGCUAUAAAUAGUGAUUGUAGAGGUUCCAAUUUUCUUUUUGUCACGGGGCUGAUCAGGAAUCUCUCUCACUCUUACUGCUUGCCAUUGGCAUGUGUUGGAACAAGUUACAGGUUGAUAAUCAAUCUGUUUGGCCACAUUAUGAACACAUCUCCCUUGGUCAUCAACUCCUGGAGUGGGACUUGAGCCUGGAACAUCUGGCUGAAAGCCAGGGACACUAUCACGGUACUAGAAGACAACCUGGAAGCAGACUAAGGAUAUGAAUUAGAAUGGUAAACAUUGCAGUGUAUCUUCAUUAACUUUUGGCAUAGAUGUCCUUUAGCAGAAAUCAAGAUGUUGGACCAUAUUUUUAAAAUGUUAAAAUGGGCUUCCUAGGUUAUUUAGUUUUGCCAAACAAAAUAUUUUACACCAAUAUGAUGAACUUCAGUUACAUAGAUAGCUUGGAGAACUUGGGACUCUUUUCCUUGGACAAGAGAAACCAUUGAUAGGGUUAUUCAAAACCAUAAAGGAUCUGGACAGGGUCUAGAUAGGGAGAAGCGGUUCCCAUUAGUGGAAGGAUUGAUAAUGAGAGGGCACAGAUUUAAGGUAAUUGGCAAAAGAAACAGCAGAGGCAGGUGGAGAAACUUUUUCAUGCAGCAAGUGGUUAGGAUCUAGAUUGCGCUGCCUAAGAUGCAGGUUCAAUGAAGGCUUUCAAGAAGCAAUUAGAUUGUUAUCUGAAAAGGAAGAAAGAGCGGGGCUACAUGGAGAAGGCAGGGGAAUGGCACCAUAUAGGUAAAUUGCUCGUACGGAGAGUCGAUUCAGAUACAACAGGUUGAAUGGCCUCCUUUUGUGCGAUAACAAUUCUGUGAUUCAGUGUAGAGGAGAAAAAUAAGAAAGCUUUCAAAGACUUUGAUUUUUUUGGUGUAGAAAGAUUUUGGGGUCGAAAUUUCUCUUGGACAGUGUCAUAAAAUGGCAUCAUUGUAUACAGCACCUGAUAAUUAAUUCCAUUGCAGUCUUGUGUCAUCACCUCAGAUGAUCUUCUAACCCUUAGUGUUUAAUUUGCACACUUAACCAAGUAUCCUAGUCACUGUCUGCUCCUCUAAUAUUGCCUGACAGUAGAUGAAAGUGGGAAGUGCAAACGUAAAGCUGAUGCCUAAUAUUCAAACAACUGGAUUGUUCCCUCUCCUCAAACUGUGGAGUCUAAAUAAACUGUAUUCAAGAAA